GUGAUUUGCUUCAAUCCGCGAUACCCCAGGUUAGCAUUUACGAGAUCCGCCCCGAACGCUCCACACUCUUCUUACAUUCGAUGUCAACCUUCCGCUUGUCGUUCAGGCCCACCAUAUGAGUAUGCCAACUACCGCGGACGACACCCGGCUCGGCGAGGGCCCUUUGCAAGCUGUCGGUGAUGUACGACUGCCGCCCGCUGGAUCAACACCACGCCAAGAAGCCUGUAAACAGUGUCGGGCGAGGCAUGUUAAAUGCGACCGCGUCAAGGUUUGCUGCGGUGCCUGCUCCCGUCUCAGCUUCCACUGCUCAUUUGGAGGCCCUUCGGAGAACCCUGAACCGGACUCCAGUACGUUGUCGCAUCCGUCGUUGUUGACUCAGGCCGGGACCAAACGGAAAAGAGUGCAAAGUGCAUGCUUGCCAUGUCGUAAGGUUAAGGCCAAAUGCUCGGGCGAUGAGCCUUGCGCAAGGUGCAGAUGCAGGGGCAUCCAAUGUGUUCGUUCCGAGGACAGCAAUACGCAGAACCAACAGCCAGCAGAACCACUGCAGCAUUUGGGAUUUACAUUUUCCAGCGCCCCACCUCCAAGUAGUGCUAUAGCAUUGGACAAGGUCACCAUGCGACAGUAUAUAGAGGCCUAUUUCGCCAUGACGAAUCCCUCAACAUGCAUUUUUCUCCACCGACCAACCGUUCUGGCAGACUGGAGCAGAGGAAGACUGAACACCCUUCUGCAAACGGCCUUGUGCGCCUCAGGAAUGCGUCUCCUGGCUCUACGCACCCGGAAUAUGAUACCAAGGGGAAAAGCCACAGCGCGGGCCUGGAUGCAACGAGUACAAACCUCUGUUCUGAUGGAUGUAAAGAAGCAAUCAAUGGACCAAUUACAGAUUCUGGUCCUCAUAAUUCAGUUCCACUUCUUUGAAGAUGAAAUAGCGGAAGCUUGGAAUCUUCUUUCUUUGGCAGCAAGACUUGCUUUCACAUUGGGACUGAAUGAGGAACAUGAAGACUCAGAUCCUGUGGUCCAGGAAUCGCGCAGGCGCCUAAUAUGGGCCGUGUAUUUGCUUGAUCGCAUGUUCUCUGGCGGCAUAGAAGAUCUCGCCGUUUGUCCCGUGAACCGACUGCGUAUCCGUCUACCAUGCGAUGAUCGCAGUUUUCAAAGAGGCAUUUCGUCUCGGGCUGAAUACCUGGAUGAUACGCUACAUCCCACACAGACAGAUCGGAGCCACAUGGAUCUUCUGGCAUACCACACGAGGCUGGCUGCUACCCGGGAUCGGAUUUUGAGCUAUACCAAACACGUCAGAAGGGAGGGUCUCAGCCCUGUAGCGAGUAAGAAUCAGCUGGAAACACUUCAAACCGAGUUACAGCAUUUUGAAGAAACACUUCCAGAAGAUCUGAGGCUCAACUCUGAGAGACUUCUACUUAUGGCACAAUCUAGUGACUCGGGUGCUUACGUUCUUCUGCAUACCCACUGGCUGCAGUGUCACUGCGACCUCUACCGCUUUCUCAUUCCUGGAAUCCGGGAAUCCGUUAACAAAGCUGACAUCGAAGCCACCCCUCCGGAUUUCGUCGAAUUUUGCCAGAAGGCCUGUCUAUCGAAAGCCAUUCAACUCUGCGAGCUGUGGUCGGAGAUUGCAGAUGUCGAGUUUUGCCAGCCGAUUGAGGACUUCUUCCUCAGCAUCAGUAUCUAUCAAGUUGCGCAGAUCGUCCAUCAUUUACAUCACCUCUUGCCUCGUCAAGGAUCACACUCUCUGGGAUCUCUGAAAACCAAGCUUGAAAAAGCUUUACAGGUAGUCUCCUUUCUUCAAACCCAUUUUCCGCGCGGUGCGCGCUGCUUUGUGGAUACCGAGCACCUGGUACAGACUUUGGGCCACAGCGGGUCAAGUACUGGUAGUGAGAGUGAGGAUCAAGAUCACAGGUACCAUCUUACAUCGAAACAUUCUUUGAUUCCAAAAAUAUGGGAGCAGACAGACGCGGCGAAACCAGAUGACGACAUUGCCCUGAGAAUAUUGGGAGAGCCAGCGCUGUCUGCCAGCGUAAAGAGAGUUGGGCGAGAAAUAGCGUCACUGCCCGGAGCUGCGCCUCAACUCGGCUCCCUUUCUCAGAUUCCAAAUGCUAUGGGAGCUGAAGGCAUGUCACCGGUUUUCGGGGGGCACGAGGGGUUCAUUCAGUGGGAUCCAUUUGACAUGCAGCUGAACGACUAUCAUGACCCACAGCUUGGAGGGUUUGGUCUAUCUUUUCCAAGUUGAUCGUGUUCCAGAUUUGGGGACGUUCCCCUUGUAUUAAUGGUCUUUCUCAGCUUCGAAUAAUCAAUAUAUCGCCUGUCUUCCAAUCACAGACUAUGGCCGUCAUUGUCGCCCAAGGUAAUCAAGCUUUUGACAUUGGCUUCGCGCUGAGAAGGAACUGGAAAG